AUGAACCCUGCCGACGGCCCGUCGAGAGGCGAGGAGAUAGGCAGCGCCGAGAUCACCAAGACCAAGUCCGAGCAGAAGAGGACCGUGAUGGACAGCGACUUCGAGUUCGAGAGACUCUUCGGGGACAUGCUGGCGAUCAGGGGCAUGCACGACGACUGCGACCUGGCCAGGGUCACAGCCACCGCAGACCCGAGGUCUAACGACCAGAACGAGAACUUCCACUUUGAAAGCGACCACACCUACGACAACGACGACGAGCCAGCGGUUGACGACAUGGGGAUGUUCGCAGGAGCGCUCGAGGCAGCGGUGACCACCAAGAAGACAGCCAAGAAGAAAGGUAAGCACCGAGCCCGCGUUCCCAAAAACAAGAAGGGCCCCCUCGCCUUCGAGAAUGCAGCGCGGGAGCCCCCAGUGUCGAGAACUAGCCUGGGCUCGGGCGCGCUGGAGGUACCUCUGCGACUUCUCGUUCACGCAGUUCAGGACGACACGAACGUGAGCUACAUCAAGGAGGUGGAACCCUUCUUCGCGAAAGUUCGUCUCAAGAGGCUUCCUUUCGCUACAGCGGCCGAGCGCGACGCCAUCCUAGCGGCGGAGCUAGACAACCUGUGCUUC